CACACCGGUCUUACUGACCUGUGUACUAUCGCGAAAGGAAUUGUGGGUAGCACUACUUUUUCAACAUGGCUGCCGAUUGACAUCAUCUCAGUUUGUCAACGUUCAAGGUAUACCCUACUUUGGGAACAUGACCCAUACCCUUGAAAUUGGGAAUUGAAGUGUCAAUUCACCCUAAAUUGGCCAUGGAAACAGCAACUCCAGUAAAGUCAGUGAGGGCCUGUCUAACCUGUAAUCGUUCAUCUCAAGGACAUUUAAAAAACUUAAGAAAUGUAGCUAUGCGAUCCAUACUACUGAAAAAACAGUUUGAAUGUCUGGGCUGCAAUAUUGAAGACCUUGUGAAAGUAGGACAUGAGAAUCUGUUGGUUUGUGACACAUGUUUGAAAAUAUUGGACAAACUAUCAGAAAUGAAGUUGAAUUUACAAAUGAACAUGAAAGAACUAAAGAAGAGUGAGGAUAGAACAAAGAGAUUAAUUAUGCAUUCUGUUUCUCCAGUAGUUAAGAAGUUCAAGGACACAACUGUACCAGUAAAAUCUAGAAAAAGUUCAAGGGCACUUUUUAAGAUGCCAUCUCCAUCUCCAUCAAGAUGUAUUGAUUCAGUUAUUAGUCCAAAAUCAGGCAGCAUUGAUCAUUCAUACUCUGGUAUACCAAGCAAAACAAAAACACAAAGCCUUGACCAUUUGUAUUCAACAACCGUAAAUCAAAAUGUAGAUCUUAAUAAUCCAUACAGUUUUCAUAAGAAGAAAAUACUGAUGCCUCCUGAAAUUACUGUUAACGAAAAGAAAAGUGUCAUAACAAUAUUUGAACAAUCAUCAAAAGACACUGUAAGUGUUAAUACUGUUUUGGAAAAACUUCUUGAUCUCCCUUCUGUAAAUGAAAGACUAUAUCUAUGUUUAUUGCAACGACUAUCUGGAGAACUAAACAGGAUCUGUGGAACAAAAGACAAAAGUGUUUUAAGGACAAAGGUGUCAGAACUAGAACCUGAAACCUUUUUCAGUGACAUUGUAAAAGAAAUGCACUUGAAAUGUCCGAAGGUGUUGCAGUUUCUGAUAACCCUGUCUUGCCCAAUGGAUCUUGCAGUUCCAGAGAAAAAACAUGGUAUAGCAGCUAUGUAUGCACUUGGCAUGUACUUACGGAACAACCACAUGAUUGCCUUUCAAAAAGCUGUUGCUGCAUCAUGUAUAAGAUAUAAUGCAGGGAAUGGACUCAUGGAGUUUUUACACAACCUGGGAAUGUCAAUACCUACAAAAAGCAAGCUGCCAAUGUUGGAUGACCUUGGACAAAUAAAUGGUCGGGAUGUAGUUUCUGCUUUGGCUAUUGGGAAAACCAUCAAAAUCACAAUUGAUAACAUUGACAGGCACAUAAAAGCUUAUCAGGUCAGGCUUGGUAGUGGAAACAGAGAUUUUCACUACACUCAUUGGUCGAUCCUUAUCGACAGAUUUGACCCAAGAGAUCUUCAAGGACUGAGCACACAACCGAAACAGAUAACUGCCCAAGGACCUGACCCUACCAUCUUCUUUUUGUCUUCAAACGAACAUGAAGCAUUAAGGAAAAGAUGUACUCAACUUGUCAUGCGGAUACUGGUAGAAGAAAUACAGCCAUUGUCCAUGUUUUCUACGGCAACACCUCGUCUUGUGGACCAUAAAUACAGACAAGUGGUUGAUAGACCAUCACAAGUUCAUCCAAUGUUUAGCUCUUGUGAUAGAGUUAGCUUGUGAAAGAUGGGGGGCUGAUUGCAAGACAGACUUGGAGUCUCUGGUUCCGGAAGAAGUGAAGACUUCUAAUACCAAAGGGAAGAAGCAGUGGUUACAGGAGCAAGUGACCAAAGUGGUGGAUACACUGUUCUGCCCAUACUCUGCUCCAAAAGAUGCUAAAAUAUACCUUCGGCGCAGUGGCCAUUUGUACUGUGUUACGGUGCCUUCAAAAGAUGUCGGGAAAACCAUUGAUCUUAUAAUAAAUGGUGAAGCUGUCCGCAUAAGAGUGCCUGAAGAUUGUAAAACUGACGAAGCAGAAGAUGGUGUGUUUUCAUACAGCCUUGGGAUUGUCAGAGUUGCAAUGGAUUUUAUCAUGUUCAAUGAUGCAAUAAAAUCAGGUGAUAUAGACAUGAUUACAAUUCUUAUGAAACGAUUCAUUCCACUGUUUGUAGGAUUGUCAUCCUACAAAUCAAAGUAUGCUAUUGAGUGUGUCAACUUCCUUACUAAAACUGAAUGCCUGUUGUCAGACUUUGAAAGUGCUAGAGUGAAACUGGGAUUGUUGGUCAACAGAAAAGGCCGACCAGGAAAAAACAAACCAGCAGACAUGGAACAGGAGAAUAAUAUUCGUCUUGUCAAACACGUAAUUAGAGGACUUGGAGCCGGAAAAAGUGAUAAAGCUAUGCUAAGAAUAUCGAAGGCAGCACCUGUAAUCAGUGCAAUGGUAAAUGGACUAGAAGGAAGCAAGACACAUAAAGAUAGACACUCCAGAAAGUCAAUAUCAGAAGAUAUUUCAAGAUUAGGGGAUGCAAUUCGAAAAAUAAGGCCUUUCAACUAUCAGAAGGGUAGACAAAUGAAUCCUUUCAAGAAAAUUUCAUCAAAUGUGAUUGGUGCUGUGAACAAAGACAAAUUAAAGGACUUUAUAAUCAGGCACAGCUCCAGAGCAGUUAAUAAGCUUGCUUUUGAUGACAAUGAAGACUAAUAAGGGAUGCUGUUAAUGCCAAUAAGGACUCGUUAAAUUGAUUUUUGUAGUCAGAUCUUCAACACUUAUUUUUGCAAAAUUGAAAAAAAUGUGGGUUUUUUUGCUUUUUGCUAUUUGCACUAAAGUUUUGUAUCCUUCUUUAACUUAAGUGCACAUGAAAAUUAAAUUGUGUAAAAAACAACAUAAAAAAACACACCUGAAGUCUGAGAAAUGGUUUAUGGCGCUUAAUAUUAAUGGAACAUUAAUAUUGUUUUGUAACCUGUAAAAUAAAUCAUGUGUAAAUAUUGAGCACAGACCAUCAAAAGUUUGAUUUUAGCAACCAGCAAUUCCUUCUACCAGAUGCACAAUAUUUUGAUAUUAAUUGUUGAAGAAAUAUGUAUCAAUUGUCAUACCAUUUACAAUUUUUACAGUCUGAUUGCUAAAAUAUGUCAGAAAAAAAGUUUUAUUGCAUUUACUGGACCUAUAACCAUGGCAUCACAUAAGAAUGCAUGUUAUUACAUUUAUGUAAAAAGACAAGAAUUCUACUUUUCAUCUAACUAUAUAACAUCCAUUUUUUCUCUACCCAAAUAUCAGAAGCAAAAACAGUGAGAACUUUCUAUGAAUAGUUGUCACCAUAUGAACUUACUCCACUGGAUAUUUUUACCCAAAAUUGUUGGAAAACAUUAGUUACUAGUAUGGCAUUUGUAUUAUCAGGUUAAGUAUUUUAAAAGGAGAAAUCUUUUUGUGAGGGCACAUAUGUGCAAUGGAGAGUGGUCUACUUCACUCAUAGUAAUAUGUGAUUGAUGAAGCAUAUGUCAGUCUUGUUCAUGCAAUCAUUUUUAUGUCCCCGGAUCGAAUGAUCGGGGGUAUAUUGUUUUUAACCUGUCUGUCUGUCUGUCAUUCUGUCCCAAAACUUUAACCUAAAACUUUAACGUAGGUUAAAGUUUUGCAAUAACUUUUGCAAUAUUGAAGAUACAUGUAGCAACUUGAUAUUUGGCAUGCAUGUGUACAUUUUGUAUCUCAUGGAGCUGCACAUUUUGAGUGGUGAAAGGUCAAGGUCAUCCUUCAAGGUCAAAGAUAUGGAUUCAAAGCGGCGCAAUAGGGGGCAUUGUGUUUCUGACAAACACAUCUCUUGUUUAGAUAUGAGAAAUAUGCAAACACUUCCUUAUUUAUUUUCAAUUUGUGUUAACUAUUAAAAAUUGUGUAGCUUUUAACUUGUUUUGCAUGAUUUAUUCAUUAUAAUGUUUUAAAAUAGCCACUAGUGACAAAAGUUGUGUGAGUCUUGGUUGUUCUGGUCAUGAGUGACACGUUUAUUUUCUUAGCCUAACUGUGAAUAAUAUUUUAACGUAAUAUUAUAAAUAAAUUUGUGUUGUACUUUUCCGUGUAUAUAAAUAUAAGUACAUGUAUAUGAUAAAACUGUUUUGAUAUUGAUGAAAUUGAGGUACAAAUAGUGUUAUUAGUAAAAUUUCCUGUCUUAUUUGAAUUAUUUAAGUGAAAUUCAAUAUGUGUUACUUAGACUUUUGUCAUUCAAUCUUACAAUUGUUACUACCUCACCUCAUGUCAACUUGUAUUAUUGAAUGUUUUUUAUUUGUGAAAGAAAAACAUGACAUAAAAUGCACAGGAUUGGAAAUCAAUUAUCUGUCAGGUUAAAUGAGCCAGAGACAUAGGUCCAUAAUACUAUCCCAUGGUUUUGCUCUUUUCAGUAUGAAAGAUUUUCAGUGAAAAAAAUAUGGAUAAUGACCCUGUUUUAACUUAUUUUAAAAACUGUGUAGUUCUUACAAGUGUCAAUUCAGAGUUGUUGAGCAGAAAACUGUAUGCAGUGUCUCAAAUGAUUGUCAGCUGACCAUCAUUGUCAUAAUCAUAAACCAUUAUAAAAAAGUACAGCAUUAUUGAUGUCAUUAUUGUGUUUAUCAUUAUACCUCUUUUGGACUUAUAUAUGUAUUUUAUGUAUUAAUAAACACAUAUUAUUCAGU